GCGACCGUCCAGCACCGGGGGAGGGGGUGAAAAUCCACCACCGGCAUCUCGACUGGCAGCCCUACCGGUUGACAGUAGAGAGAAGGCACGCGAAGCCACUCCUGCCGCCUCGUCCAAUCUAAAAAUCGUUUCCCAGAUUUUUAGUCGAAACUGUUACGCGCUCCCUCUCUUCCUCUCUCUCUCUCUCUCUCUCCUCUCCACUCUUUCUAAUUGUUUCAACCCGUUAAUUUAUCGACCUAUUCAUCCGUACAAUUUCUUAGAAAAAAGAAACGGUGUCUGAAAGUGAGCGUUGCGGUAGCGAAGCCGGAAUGUCGCCACGUUAAGAUCGUCUUUCUGCUCGUAAAUCCGACUGCGUUCGUAUCAGGAGGAACGGUAUAACGGAGCCGUAUCCGGCAGUGGUUGUCCAGUGCAAAGAGAGAAGAAAACGUGUGAAACUAGUAUUAUUAUAUAUCGGAGAAAGAGAAAGAGAGAGAGGGAGAGGGAGAGCUUCGGGCGAGAGUACUUGUUCCGAGGCGAAGAUUUUCCGAACGAGGAUGAGAAGAAGAUAGGAGGAACGAAUUUCCUCGAGAAAUUUUCUCGGGGGAAAAUUGCGGGGGCUCGGAUUCUUUCUCGGAUUGGAAGAGUCGUCGCAAAGCCGGAAAGAUAAAGGAAGAAAGGGGGAAAAAAAGGUGGAGAAAAAGGGAGACUUAACGCGCUUAGAGUAGUAGACGGUUGACAGUCGACGAGGACGAAGCGAAAGGCAGCUUCGAACUUGUUAACCGGUUUCCGCGGAUCGGCAUGCAGAACGACACUCCGCGAGGACUACGUACGCCACGAAGUGGAGCCCCCGAUGUUCCGUGCGUGUCCCACGCGUAAAGCGAUCGGACCGGUCUGCCGGAUCAGAGACGGAUGAUCACCUGCCAACGAUAGUAUACCUUACAGCGGUACAAGCUGGUACUGGAUAAUUUUCGAAGAGGCUGAGAAUGGAUGAGAAACCAUGAGCACGAACCUGUGAAACGAUUCUAUUUGUGAAUAAUAUUUUAUUAUUUAUUUCGAGUUCGAGCGUUGGAGGGAAGAAACCAUGUUUGCAUUACGAGGAUUUUUGAAAUAGAGAAAGAGAGAAGGAUGGAAAGAUUAUUGUUUCAACGAUUGGAAAAAGGAAGGGAGUGAGGAGACAUCGACGCGGGGGAAGGAAGGAAACUAGCGCGUCGAUCAUCGAAACGUGCUUCCCUCGUGGUUUCGUGAGAUAUUUUUAAUACUUCUGUGAGUGUGAUCCAUCGAAUCGGUUGUUUUUUCUCGGUUGGUGAAAUGGAGAGAGAGAGUUUCUUCUGUCUUAUCUGAGAUGCACGAAAGAAUUCUUUAUUUCCAGAGUAUAUAUAUAUACGUGUAUAUAUGUACUUGUUACACGUUGCGCAUUGUUGAUCCACCAAGUGAAAUUCCAGAUAAAAGAGUUUGUGCCUGUUUGUUCGCCGAUAAGUGAAUGAAGGUUUUUCAAUAGUGUUGAAUCGUAUCGCUUGUACAACCGGUAUGCCGGUAGUAUGCGAAUUAGAAAGUGUGCUAGGUGGUGCCAUGGACACAAGUGGGUGCCCCGCUCGAGUUAACUCGAUUUACCUUCGAAAAUAGAAGAAUUCGAAAUAAACGAAGGAUGAGAGAUCCGAGAUUAGUGUCCCCUUUCGUCCUCGUGCUUUGAAAAAAAGGAAAAAGUAUCCGAUCGAGUUCGAUCGUUGACGAAUCACGAAAAUUUACGAUGUCCGGUUAUUUCUCUCAUCUUCCUUGAACUCGUGCAAGAGAACGACGUUACACGCGUCUUCGAAAGGAUAAAGUGAAUCGUGACGGAAGGAAUCUAAGCGUGAUUUGUUCGAGAUUAAUCGGGAUCAACCGUGCUCGACAAUAUGUUCAGUGAAUGGAAGAACGUAUUACACGGAUCGUGAUUUGUCGAGUGAUCUUUUUUUUUUCUGUUCCUUUCUUUUUUUUUCUCUUUCUCUCACUUCGUGUAUUUCGUAUCGCACCGAGUUGGAUCUUAAUUAACCGGAAAAAUUGGCAAAAUUUGGCGAAAGCCGCAAACCGUGCGCUUCGAAUCGUGUUGGAGGACGAAGAAGUGCAACGGUCGCCGUGGCAUGAGGAGGUUCACACGCAGGCGCAAAACCCUGGCCGCAUUCUCUGCGAUUAUGGGACGCCUUGGUAAAGGCUCGCAGAGCAGCACGACGAGGCCCAUCUUCAGGGUACAGUAUCGCAAACUCGUGGACGAGUACAACUCGCAGCAACAGGAACAGCUGAAGUUCAUGCCAGCGUUACCCGAUUACAUGUCGUACUGCUGUUGCCGAUGUGGUCACACUCAAAAACUCAAAGCGGAGGAGUUAAACACCAUUGUCGGCAAUGCUUUUCGUAUGGCAUACGUGGCGCAGCUUCAGCGCCAACCGAUCCUUCAAGAUGUGAUCUCACCGCAAUCAUCGCCACCCUACCGAAAGGACAAACAGGAGAAUCGAUCUUCGUGGAACAAAUCGCUGGCUGGCGACAGCUCGAUCGCCGGCGCGGGAGGUGUUUGCAGGAAUUCGUCUUCGAAUUCGUGGCUAAAAAGUCGGACGUCGCCCACGUCCAGAACUGGAAGCGGCUCGUCUGCGGCGGACAUGAACGUACAGCUCGGCAGCGCAGGCUCGCCCACGCUGCGACUCGCUAGCGUGAAGACACCGAACUCGAUCCCGGGUCUACGGCCGACGCACAACUUCACCAACGUUCUCGGCCCAAUAACGAACGAGGAUGAGCCAAAGAGUAUCUCUCAGCAGAGCACGCCGAGCAGCGAUGAGAGCAACUCACCUACGGAGCUAAAUUCGUACAAGAGACUAACGGACAAGCCGCCUCUGAUAAAGCGGCUGGCGAUGGGUUUGACAGGUGGACGUGACGUUCUUGGGUUGAACGGUGAGGAUGACAGCUGCCCCCUCGUCAGUGGUAGCAGCACACCGACGAGCCCGUCAAACAGGCCGCAUUCUGGGGGUUAUAUAAACGAGGCGAUCAUCGAGUCCGAGGGCACGAGGCCGGCGUACAACAAGAUACCCCCAUCUGAGAGUCUGGACAAUACCAUCAACGCCUCCAUCACUGCGAAAAAUUUCAAUAUUGAGAACAACAGGAUAGGACAUAAUUCUCCCAGCUCUGGCACGGAAACAGAAUUCAAAUCGAAGAGAAGAUCUCAGAUCAGUACCUCGAGCAGUUCGGUGCCCGCUGAUGGAAGUACACAUGGUUCCACGCCGACCCCACCGCCUCUUCCUGAAAGAACGGAUAGCCUUAACAACCGCAGUGAAGAAGCUGAACUACGAAAGGCUCCCUGGUUUCAAGCUGGAAUACCAAGGGAAAUAACGCUAGAAGUGUUGAGUCAGGAGCCGGAAGGAGCCUUCAUGGUGCGAGAGAGUACCAGUAAACCCGGAUGUUAUGCCCUUUCGCUUCGAGUGCCGCGCGAAUUCCAACCAAGCGGAAUAGCCCAUUAUCUCAUAAUGCGUACGAACAAAGGCUACAAAAUCAAGGGUUUUACAAAGGAAUUCACGACACUGACUGCUCUAAUUACUCACCACUCAGUGAUGCCAGAAUUACUACCAUGUCCUUUGUCAUUAAGUCGAUAUAAUCCAAGCUUUGUGAAAAGCGAUUCCAACAAAGACUUUGCGGACAUCGAUUCGGAUCCCGAUUACAAUACCUUAGCCGACUUUCGCAAAAUGAUGGCUGACCUGAACGUCUAGAAUAAAGCUCUUGUAAUCACAACGAUUUGGAAAAAAUCCAUUCUUUCACCAAUUCUUCGAACCGGACAGUUAAAACUGAAUUCGUUUCUGAGACACUGAGAGAAACUGAAAAAUGUGCUUCACGAUAGAAUUCUACAGGAGAUCGUUCGAAGGAGUUCGUAAAAUCAUCGAAAUGUGUUUUCACUAAACUCGUUUGGUCCUUCGAUCGUGUUUGUCGAUAAAUAAAAAGAAUUAUUAAUAACACGAUUGAUCGAUUAUUCAUUACAACGAUUCACCGCAUCCUCGAGAAUAAAAAAUGUUGUAUGCUCGAAUAAAAUUCAGAACGUUCUCGCGGUGAUAAAUAUUUAUAAGUUAUCAAUAGUGAUAGAGAAUAUAACAUUUAGUAAUUUAAUGAUCGCCACUAUUCGUGAAAAUAACAGCGAAUCAAAAGUCGGAGGACGCACAGCAGGGAAAAACUGAUUCUUUAUUUUGUAGAUUACAUUCUCGAUGUUUUUCGUUCAAUGAACGAAGAUCGAAUGUGGAUUUUGGAUUGAAUUAUUAACAAACGUCUAUUUGUGUAUUAAUAUAUAUUGACGCCAACUCUGCGAUAAAAAAAUUUCGAAGCACGAUUAAUUUGCAGGAUUUUUGAUAAACUAGCUUAUUGUAGCAUUUAGAUCGAAUAAAAAUUAUCAAAAAAAAAAAA